AUGUACGAGCAAGCCUUGCAGUCGGUCAGCCCGUCGAUCGCGCUCCCUUACUGGGACUUCACCAUCGAGGGCAUGCUAUUCGACUGGAGAGACUUCCGAACGAGCAGCGUCUUCUCAGACGAUUGGUUUGGCGAGGCGUCUCCUCACAACGAGAGGGGGGAAAAGACCAUUGUUGUGAAGAUUUGACGAAUUGACGCUAGCGUAUAGGGCCGCAGGCCGGACACAUUUUCCUUUCCCGAACCACGUUAAAUAUCUUUCGCAAACAUCACGCCGUUCACCCCAGCUCAAUGCAAAUUCUGUUCCGAGUAGUCCCCGAGGUCGCCUCGUUUACCUCUCUCCGCACAAUAAAUACGCCUUCUCUUGUCUUCUUCCCCUCGUCAUUCUUCUUUUGCCCUCGUAGAGCACGACGUGGGGAAACUAGCCCCCCCGCCCGCUCUCAACCAGCCUUCUUCUUCUACUACAACCCGCCUCCAUGUUCAGUUGCUCCGACUGAAAGUUUGCAAUUUUCAACUAUGUUUUGAGGCAAUCCCUACGUCCCCCCUUCCUCGUAAACGGCACAUGAUUUAGUCGUUGAUGACGCCUAGCAGGGGGCGUUUCGGCUUCGUUCCCGUCAUGGCGAACGCCACCGAGUAUUCGACGUUGCACAACCCGUACGGGCUGCUGCGGUCCCCGUGGAACACCCACCCGGAACCCUUCCUGCGCGUCACGACUGCCUGUUCGGGUACACAAACAACCGCAAGUAGUCCGGGUGCAAGCAGUACCGAGACGCGGCGAGGAAGGAUACUUGCCACUGAUGAAGUAUCUUUGGAGAACGGAGUACCUGCAGUGCGAGACGACGUGCGACUUCAGCGUCUCGUGGACAGACUGCAGGUGCACCCUCAGCGCCGAAGCGGUAGCAGGGCAAACACCAUCAGAGGUUUUGGAGAGUUCCGGGGUGCUUUCCGACGCGGCCGGUUCGUUCUUCUACGACAAGGAUCUGAAGCUCGUCGACAACCUCACGGACGAGAAGCCGCUGAGUCGUCUCGCACCAGCCAGACCCCCCGGAGGCUCUGGAACUGUUCUAAACCGAAGACGUCCAGGGCAAACGUUUGAAGACAGCGUGAUUUUGCUUGACCUUUUUUUCCCAUGGGUGUUCCCCGUGAGUUCGCACGGCAACGUGCAGGGUCAGGCGCACGACCGAAUCCCGGGCUACACGGCCGACGAGACCAAGGGCAUCUUCACUGAGAUGCUCCGGCUGCUCAGCACCCCGAUGCGCAUAGGCAGCCACUACGAAGGGACGAGCACGAAUGACGUCAGGUUUUGGGUGUUGCACCCGACAAUGGACAGACUUUGGCACCUGAAUAGACUGGAAGACGUGAACGGCGAGGCUUUCGACGAGACCUGGAUGGAUGACCACCUGCUACGGCCACAACCCUGCCGACGUCCAGCCCUUUCACGACCUCUUCCUGGGACAAGCCACUGGAAAGGGCGGCGACGACCAACAACGAAGAACAGUGCGAGACGAGAGGGAUGCGGCGAAAGGGAGUGGUGGAGGGGAACAAGCUGCCGGGUCACGGACGUCUGGAGGAAACAGCGGCCGAGGCGUUAUCGCACCGCCCAAGGCGUACUACACUAACCAGAUGCUGUACUAGCUGCUCAAGCCGGACGGCAUGUCCAUCCCGUACAUCUAUGCCCAUUUUGAGCGGCCCCACUGCGAUGUGCGUGGGGUACACUUACGGGGGCGUGAGCCUCGACGCUAGCUCCUCUGAGGACAUGCGUGACUCACAGGCAGCUCUUCAGGGUUCCUGGAAUUAGCACCCCCCCCGCCUCCCAUUCAACCUGCUGCGUGUGUCGACUCCCCCGAAGCUGCAAGUUUGGUCGUGACAAAGGUUUCACGAGACUUUCUCCCUAGGGUAACAAGGCGCGACGCUCCUGGUGGAGCAAAGUGCCGUUGCGCUCGGGCGUUGCCGUUAUUUCGGUCGAAGCGUGGAGGCUAAGCAAUACCCCCGGCUCCGUCAAAGAACUGCUGACUGAGUGCAUGACACGUCAAAUACGGUCGGGAAGGUCCCUGGUGUGGGUGGAUGCUGAUGCGUUUUGUCGUACUGAUAGAUGGGUUCCUCUUGCUCCUCUUUUUUCUGUACAGGGCUGGUCGAACCGCCCGAUAUUGCUGCUGGUCUGUCGUAUCGUCGUCCGGUAGCAUUGGGGAAGGAGGGGGAGGAGGCAUCCGUACACUGUUUUGUGGCGUGGCGCAAAGAACGACGUUUCUGAAGCCCGCUAGUUCUGACCUUUGGUGCAACUGUUGUCAUAUGGUCUUGUAUCAUCGCCCCCCGUCGUCGUGGUUUGCGUUGAAACCCUGCAGGUUUGCUUGGUAGUUCCAUUAAAAAGGGUGCUGCCUUGUUUUCGUUGGUGACGGCGGUAGCGAGCGGUACUGAGCGACCGUGACAUCAUUCAGUGCGCCGCAUGCCGGCGAACUGUCGCUUGCUUCGCCGUGAAAGUACUCGUCUUGAUUUAGCAGGCCCGGUGUGCUUCAUAUUUUUUUAUCUUCGAGUGCAGUAGAAGGUUCGUGUUAGCCGCGUGUCUAUGAAACCGAGGUUGCGGGUAGGCAAAACGUGUACUGUGUACGAAUGUCGGCAAAACGUGUGGUGUGGACUCAUAGUCCGUUUGUCUUUGGUAAAUUCAGAGUGCCUGUGCUCUUCGGUAUGAUUUGAUGUUUGUGUUCAAUGCCUCAAACAGCUUGGCAUCUGCUGGUUGCAGCCCUGUGAAGCGUAGUCCUUUCUUGUAAAUUUUGGUGGUCCUUUUGUGUUUCAAUCCUCCACGAAGGAGCACUCAACUUUGGUUGUGUUGUACUUCGACGUGAAUAUUGAUGCUUUUUGCUGUUUUCUUUAGCCUGGAAACAUCGUCUUGGGUUUCAUUUGUGAAAAGGGAUUCUGGAGUCUUUUCCUCCCGUCAACGUCAAGCCCCGAGGUUGAUUACCCAAGCGCUGUGGACACGUGUUUAGGUGAUCGGGAGUUUACCCGUGUGUCUGCUUCCUUCGGCCUCAUUUUCGGUGCUUUGCCGCCUCGAGUGUGUGUUGACCCGGCCUUUCUCACGAACUAGAACCGUGUACGUACCCACCAAGGCUUGUAUCCAUUUUACGUAUAUUUCGCAAUCUCUGCAGCAGUGGCCUGAGCCCCAACCUUGCGCAUGCUGCGAAAGUGAGAAGCUGGGUGGGAAUCUUUGUCGGACGAAUAAAAUGAAGGAGUACACCACGUGGAUCGAGUGUUUGUCGUUGGUAAGGAUUCAAGUAUUACCAGGAGAAAGAAAAAUGUUGUUGUGGUUUGUGACAGUGAUGAUCUGGUUACAGCUUCUCCAGAGGCAUCAAUGCAACAUUGUGUUUAUGUAGCCAGUUGCAACAGAGGGGACAGGGGAGACAAGAAUCCUUAGUGUCGACAUUUUUGUAAGUCCAUGUCGCCCUUAUGCCGCCGGAGCUUGUUCUUUAUUGUUUUCAUUGCAUUUACAGCUACUGCUCCGUUGUUCCACGUCGUGAUGUAUCCUCGUCGACCGCGCGACAUCAUUUUUCUUCUCUUGAGAACCCGCGUACUGUAGACUGAAGUAUAGACGGACGUGGAAGAAAGUAUAUCAUCCAGGCGUUGGCAUCGUCUCUUUCCGUUGAUGUUGCCGGUGCUUCUGGUGAAUAUUAUUUUUGGUACUGCGCUGUUGCUGUUGAGGUUUUUCGUACGUAGCCUUGUUCCUUCACGCCAUUGGCUCAACCUGGCGCAGGAGCUUUGGUGCUCCAAGGAAUUGCCGGCCUUCUUUAUGUUGCUGUCUGCCCUGGACUUCGUCCUCGUUGAAAUUUUUCUGAACCGGGCACGAGUGCGAUUUCUUCUACCGCUUUCUUUUCGUCCUUUCGUCCUCUUCGGCCAUUUGAUGAUGCCUCGAUCUUUCUGAAUUCGAAGUGUUGAAUAGCACGAUGACCACUGGAACCCACCCUAGCGGUUGCC